GGCUGGAGGGGAGCGGGGCGGCCCUGCCCCACACACACGCACACAGCCCCGGGAGCGGGGCAGGCCCCUCUGGGUCUCCCGGCCGCUGGGGUGCGGUGGUCGCGGCCUCCGCCGUGGGCAGUGGCGCAGCGCUGAGGCGGUUCGGGGCCGUGUGGCUGGGCCCGGUCCGGCUGUGGCGGGGCGCUGGCCAAGUCCAGCUGCUGUUUGUGCGCCCCGCACGGCCUUGUGCCUGUAUUGUGCAGCCCUAGGAGGGGGUUGGAUGAAAUGUUAUUGAUGCAUUGAUCUCCACUUUGCUGCGUGUUCAGAGCUUCAUAAAAUAGAAGUCGAGAUGAAGAGCAGGGUGACGCAAAUAAAUCAUGGCUCCAGUCACGAAAGGAAAGAGGAAUACAGUUCACGCCACAGAAGUUUGUCUCCAGAGGACAGGCAUAUAGAGCGGGACAGGUCUCCAUCUCCCAGAAGAAGAAGAAGAUACUCUGAUGACAGCAGGUAUGAUCAGGAAUGUUCAAGAAGGGACUACUACGAUGACAGAACUUCAGAAGGAAGAAGGACGGAAAGAGGGAGAGACAGACAUUAUGAGAAGUGGGAGGAAAGAGAAUCUGAUCGAAGGAAGCAGAGAAGACUCUCUUCCCCUGAUCGUAGAAGUCCAGAGAGAUCAACAGUUCAGAGUUCGCUUGCUCAUGAUGAGGCCACAUCAAAGAAAAAGAAAGAAGAAGUGGAUCCAAUCCUUACUCGCACAGGUGGUGCAUAUAUUCCACCUGCCAAGCUCAGGAUGAUGCAAGAACAAAUCACUGAUAAAAAUAGCUUGGCAUAUCAGAGAAUGAGUUGGGAAGCCUUGAAGAAGUCGAUCAAUGGUCUUGUCAAUAAAGUGAAUGUUUCUAAUAUAGAAAAUAUCAUUCAUGAGCUCCUUCAGGAAAAUAUUGUUCGGGGAAGGGGGUUGCUGUCUAGAUCCAUUCUGCAAGCUCAAGGUGCCUCUCUAAUUUUUACCCAUGUUUAUGCAGCUCUUGUGGCAAUUAUCAAUUCCAAGUUUCCAAAUAUUGGUGAAUUGAUUCUCAAGAGGUUGAUACUAAAUUUUCGCAAAGGAUAUCGCAGAAAUGAUAAGCAACUCUGUCUAACAUCUUCAAAGUUUGUUGCACAUCUGAUGAAUCAGAAUGUGGCUCAUGGGGUUUUAUGUUUGGAAAUGCUCACCUUGCUUCUUGAAAGGCCUACUGAUGACAGUAUUGAAGUAGCAAUUGGGUUUCUUAAGGAGAGUGGGCUCAAAUUAACUGAAGUUUCUCCUAGAGGUAUUAAUGCAAUCUUUGACCGUCUUCGACACAUCCUGCAUGAGUCUAAAAUUGACAUGCGUGUUCAGUACAUGAUAGAAGUCAUGUUUGCUGUACGGAAAGAUGGCUUCAAGGAUCAUCCAAUCCUUCCAGAGGGAUUAGAUCUAGUGGAAGAGGAGGAUCAGUUUACUCAUAUGUUGCCAUUAGAGGAUGAAUACAACCCAGAGGAUAUUCUUAAUGUUUUCAAGAUGGAUCCAAACUUUAUAGAAAAUGAAGAGAAACAUAAAAUGCUCAAGAAAGAAAUCCUUGAUGAAGGUGACAGUGAAUCUGAACCAGAUCAAGAAGCUGGAAGUAGUGAGGAAGAUGAAGAGGAAGAUGAAGAGGAGAAUGAAGAUGGCCAGAAAGUUACAGUCCAUGACAAAACAGAAAUUAACCUGGUCUCCUUCCGUCGUACAAUUUAUCUUGCUAUUCAGUCAAGCUUAGACUUUGAAGAAUGUGCUCACAAAUUGCUGAAGAUGGACUUCCCCGAAAGUCAAACUUUUCUACUUUCUAUCAAGCAGCUUAAAUGUUUAAGGCCUAUUUGAAAAUGCUGGUUGGUUGGACUGUUGGAAGAGUUAAGCUCUAACAAAAGUACUGUAGCAUGGCAGACAUUCUCAGCAUUUUGUCCCUGAAAGAGGAGUUGGAGACAAUACUUGAAGGCAGCUGUGAACAUUGUCAGUGGAGCUAGGAAUAUAGGCUAGUACUAAAAGAAUGAAUUGUGGUUUUGCUUCUACAGUGUUCUGAAUAAUAGUGUGUAUUGAUUUAAAACAACUUGGGUAUGGAUGAUUUAUUGCCAUCUUCUCAGAAAGAAAUUGUUUGCAGACACUGUUUAAGAUCAAUUGGUAUGUUUUCAUUGGUAUGUUUUCAAGUAAAGGAAAUUGUUCCUCAGUCAGUAAGUAAUUUACAUGAAAGCAUAUGAAGAAUUCAGAUGACUGCUGUGUAUUUUCGUAUUUAAUUCUGUGCAUGGAGUAUUUCAAGUCUACCUAAAUGAAAUACUAAGCACACAUAGGAUUAUGGCUUCCCAUGAAACCAUAACCUGAAGUAUUCUAAGUAGAGGAAAGAAAUCCUGUUUUGCAGCAAAUCAGUUCAGCUAUAGGGAGAACAAUCUAGAAUAUAUAUGCUACAUCAUACAAUGAAGGUAUAAAUUGAGUAAUGCUGCUUAUUGAGUAAUUGCUUUGCAAAAUACUUCUCAAAUGUUGGUGUUUAAUACCACUGCAGUCUAUCAACUACCAGCUAUUCUGUGAUCAAGAUCUACAAAGUAAAUGUAUUUAAAAAGAAAACAAAACAAAAACACCACAACAUAAGUCAGAAUCUUAGGUAUGUAAAUCAGACUCUUUUUUUAUCACUUAAUUUGGGAAGACUAGGUGUUUUUGAGAUUUAAUAUUUGCUGCCAGGAUACUUGCUUUUACUUUCUGUGAAUGCCUUACUUGCUGAAAAUAAAAUAUCCCAAGAUGCACAAAUGCAAUGAAGGUGUUACUUUCCAUGUAGGACUAAUCUAUAGGGUACUAAUUUACUGAAUGUGAAUCUUUUUACGUUACAUAAUUGUAUGAAUUGUAUGUGCUUUAUAGAAAUAAAAACGGAAGUUUGGGCUUUGA